AUACGUUCAACAUACGAAGUGGAAAUUCUCUAGCCAGUUUGACAGCGUUCGCUUCUGCUUUUCGAUUUUUGCCGAUCUCUCCGCAUUGCAUAUGCAAAACGCUAAUGUAAAUUAUGUCGGCGAUCCAUCGAAAUAUGUAACACGAGAAAAGGGUAACCGAAGAAUCGGAAGUUCGAGGGAAGAUAAAAUUAUCAGCCCGACAAUCAUGUAAUUCUCGAGGGAAGUGGUGAACGUCGAGAGAGAGAGAGGUUGACCUGAGGGCGAACGGGAUCGACGUUUUCCUUCGACGUGACGAUGAUCGUUUAGCAAACCGGGCCAUGGAGGAUAGUAGCAAGGAACGCCGGGUCCUGCAGCACUAUGUUGCCAAGCAAGACACGGUACUGAUACGGAUAUUCGGUGCGUGCGACGUUAACGUUAACAAGUUGCGUCUGGGAAUGCUUGUAGAAGCACUGGAGGAUUUGAAGGAGAGCGUGCUGAGGGUGCGCGUGACCGACACCGUCGGCGGAUCUAAGACCUGGUGCGGCACGGAAUGGCGUUGCCACAAGUACGACCUGAUCCCCGUGUCGCAGAAGGUCUGGCAGUACCUGCUCGCCGUUCAGUCGCCGCAGGAGAGAAUCCGACUGGCGAACGACUCUGCCCUGUGCGAGCAGAUGAGAAAUGUGUCGGCGAACGACGUAGUCUGGUACUGCUCCGAUCCCGCUAAUAGGCGCGCCAAGGAAUUGGCGUUUGUCAGAUAUAUUGGACCUGUGCUGCAACUCGGAUCGGGACAUUACUUUGGCCUUGAAUUAGUGGGAAAUCAGGAACUAUCUAAUACAUCUUUGUUGACCAAAGAAUAUUUUAUUUCCACACAUUGGAAUGCUGCUACAAUAUUCGCUACUAUAAAUAAUAUAUUACCUUAUAAGGAAACCGACCCAAUCUCUGGCAGCAUUGAAAAAACAUCAUUCUCGAAAAAUAAUACAACUGACUAUAACAACGAUAAGAAAAAAUCAGUGCUUGACAGUACCCCAGCUGUUUUAUUAGAACAAUUUACUCUAUUUGACGACAACAAGAAUAACAAUCAGGAAUCUGUCAAUAUACUAAAAGAACGUAAUCAAGCCGGGAAGUCAGAUCUUGAAAAUGAUAUUAAUAACUACUCCAAAACCGUCGAUCAUGCUCUUUUUAAAUGCGGUAAUGGUGAGAAGAACGAGAUCAAGAAAUUCAAUAGGGUAGAGAAUAAGGGAGAUUUGAUGGUGGGCUCGAAUGUGAAAGUACUUGUGGAUUCUGAUAUCCAUUACGGAGUUAUUCGAUGGAUCGGCACGCCGCACGGUACAAGCCCUGGCAAAUUGAUGGCAGCUGUCGAGCUGGAUAAUGGACAUCCUUUAGGUACUGACGGAACUUACAAAGACAUCAGGUAUUUUCAUUGUAGGCCUUACAGAGCUGUAUUCACGGACAUUGAACACUGUUCUCAUUACGAAAACACGAAGCUCAACGAACGGCCUGCGCUCAUAAAUAACGAUAAUAAUUUCGGUAAUAUGGAGAGCUCAGUGAUAACGGGUAUCGUGCGGCCUAUCUCCGUCAAGGGAGACUUGGAAAGUAUAUGUGGGAAGUAUCGCGGAAUUCAAGGCCAUCAUAAUUCGUGCUAUUUGGACGCUACUCUUUUCAGCAUGUUCACGUUUACCAGCGUAUUUGACAAUCUCCUGUUUCGCCCACCGAAUGAAAAAGAUUGUCCGCAGUACGAAGAAGUGCAGAGGGUCUUGAGAGAGGAGAUUGUAAACCCAUUGAGAAAAAAUAUGUUCGUCAGAGCGGAUCGUGUAAUGAAGCUCAGAACGUUGCUCGAAAAACUGUCGUCAGUAUCCGGCCUCACUAGCGAAGAAAAAGAUCCUGAGGAAUUCUUAACGUCGCUAGUCGCUCAGAUUCUGAACGCCGAACCAUUCCUCAAAUUAAGCUCCGGACAGGACGCCUACCAUUACCAGCUGUUUGUCGAAAAGGACGAUCAUUUAAAUCUACCGACUGUGCAACAGUUGUUGGAACAGAGUUUCCUAACCAGUAACAUCAGAUUGAAGGAGGUCCCUUCGUGUCUCAUCAUACAAAUGCCGCGCUUCGGAAAAUCAUUUAAAAUGUAUCAGAAGAUACAGCCUACGUUACUGCUCGACGUGACGGACAUUAUCGAAGACUCACCCAGACAGUGUACAGUGUGCGGCAAAUUGGCGGAGUUCGAGUGCAAGGAGUGCUACGGGCAAUGCGGCGUCGGUCUCGAAAGUAUAGCUUUCUGUUUACAGUGCCUUGAAAAAGUACACCGUCAUGAACGAAGAACGAAUCACGAGCCAAAGAAGCUGAACGUACCAGUGGAAUUCACAAUUCUGCAAGAACAUUGUCCCGUACCGCGUCUGUAUUUGGAGCUGUCCGCGGUGGUCUGCAUCGAAACUUCGCAUUACGUUUCGUUUGUAAAAUGCGGUCCCGGCUCGGAGGCCCCGUGGUGCUUUUUCGAUUCCAUGGCCGACAGAAAAGGAGAGCAAAAUGGAUACAAUAUACCGGAGAUGGUGCCAUGUCCAGAUUUUCCUUACUGGUUGAGCGAAGAAGGGGGGACUUACUUGACCGAAUUGACGGACGACCGUCACUUACCAGAGCACGCGAAACGUCUGCUUUGCGACGCGUACAUGUGCAUGUACCAAUCCCCGGAUGUUAUGAUGUACAAAUAACUCGGAACGGCUCAUAUUUUUUUAAGUAAUGUUGACGCUAGCAUUACUGCAAAAGUGCAAUGUCCUGCUUGUAGCUUUCCCUAAUCAUGCGUAAUAAGUUUACAUAAAUUCAUAUAAUGAUUGUAGACUGACAAAUAAUCCCAAGGUCUCGAAAAAUCUCAUGUACAAAAUAGGAAUAUACGUUUAUAUGCAAGGAGAAUAUAGAGUUAUAAAAAAUAAAGUUUACAAUAUACAUUA